ACCAACACGAGUCACGACAAUGGCCGAAUUGUCCGAAUAAGAUAUUUUUUAUUGGCUCAUAGCUCAAACCUGCCAUGUCUUUGGUUUUAAAAAUGGCGUAUACAAGCUUUUUGUUUGCCGGUUUACACUGUUGAAUGAAUAGUUUUCAAGAUUCUGUGCGUGCUCGAACGACACUUUAACAUCGUAAUAUGAAAAAACAGUACAUGUGUAGAUACAAUAUUCUGCACCAUGGAUUCGUGGACAUAUUUUCGUAGCGUUAUGGUGAAUUAGAAUGGUGCCUGUGGUUUGUCAAGCUCUCACGUCGUCAGGUUACCCGUAUGUAACGUAAAUAUCAUUCUACGGGAGUUUAAUAUUUCGAAUAUGUUAGCAUCGACAAAUACUAGAUAAUGGAGAGUUCUGAAGACGAUGCGGGCACCGCAACAAUCGCUUCCCGCCGCGAAUCGGCGCGGGAAAAGGAUCUCGGACGCCUCGAAGACGUCGAUGCAACUAGUAGUAUUCAACAAGAUACAUCUGAACUCAGAACAUCGUGUCAAACCCCCGCUAUGUCUGAGGAUAAUUUCGAUGGGGACAGCGUUCCUUCGCCAUCGACACACGAUGUCAACACUAGCACUGAGGCGAUAUUGGAUAUGAUAGAUGAGAUCGUUGAUGGGCCUGGUGCUCCGAAACGCUUACCUUUAUUAUUAGAUACGGAUGCUGAGUGUUCUACCACCAGUUGUGAACAACAGAAUCAGCAAGCUUUGGAAUCCGCCUCUCCUGAAUUAGGUUUUAGCACCAGUUCUAUUAGAAGAAAUCAUAAUUCAGACGUUGAAAAUGUAGAAAGUGAUACAAAGUGUACAUCAAAAACGCAAAAUGAAGACAUUUCCAUGCAAUCUAAUGCCUGUGAUAGUGUUAAAAAUUCCCACACUGACGAUGUAAACAUUAACAUUAAACAUCAUAAUCCAGAGAUCAGUGCAAAUUCUAAACAUGAGUUAAGUGAUAAUUCUGAGAGUUUUGCCAGUGAUAAAUCUUGUUUUAGUGAAGUUUCUGAAACUGAUGCAAGAGUAAAAUCAAAUACUGAAUCCGUAGCCUGUGUGUCAACAGAGGUUGGUCAUAGUUCAUGUACAGAGACGGUAACCGUGUGUACCACUGCUACUGUAACGUCUGUUGCCCCUUUAUGUAGUCAAAAUAUUAGAAGCUCAAAUAUUAGGAGUAUAGAAAGAAAUAUUGAGUCCCCUAAAAACAUAGAGAAUCAUGUUAACAUUUCAGAACUUCAACCGGAGUCUAUUACACAAGCUUCAACUAAUGUUGAAAGUAGUAAUGGUGAACUUGUAGAAAGUGCAAGACACUGUUUACAAAAGGAAGUUGAAAGAACAGAAAUUCUGCCUAAUUCAUGUAGUAUAUCUGGUGAUGAUAGACAAAGCUCUCAAAUUGAAAGUGAAGGUAAUUUAAAGUGUAUAAACACAGUUACAAGCCCAAAUAUAGUAUUGGAAGCAAGUAUUUGUGAAUUAAGUGAUAAGGUAGAGAGUUCAUCUAAUCUUGAAAUAUUAAGUACUGAUCAUUCAUUGACUGUCCCAUUAUCACAAUCUGUGGAUUGUGGAACAAAUGAUAAUCCAAUAAAACAUGAUAUUGAAAGAAGUAGUUUAACUGUUAAAAAUGCUCCAGUGCUGGAACAAAGUAAAAGAUCAGAAACAGAGUCCGCCUCUGCUUCAAAUCUAGCUUCUAAAACAUCAUGUGACAACAAUUCUAAUAAAGAGUGUGUGCCUGGAUCAGGUACUAGAAAUACUCAAGUUAUAGAUAAUUUAAAAACCUCACUGAAUAUUGAAAAUAUUUCAAAGAAUACUUCAAACUCAGAAGGUUAUACAAAUACUAUGGAUCCUACAAUAUCAAAAGCUGGUAUCUCACUUGAAAAUGUGGAAGAUACUAUAAAAACUGUAGUAAGCAGUAUCCAGCAAGCCACCAGCUCAAAAAGCUUGUCUAGCGCCUUGCCAAGUAUUCCCUCAAGCAGUACUAAGACUGAAGGAAGCAUGUCAAUGGACACAAUGGAUGAUAGACUCAAGUGUGUAACAAGUGAAAAAAGGGACAAAGUUGUUGUUGAAAGUGCCGAGUCCACAUCUAGUGACUGUAGUGCAAGUGAAGUGAAAUCUUAUAGUGCAGAAUCAAUAACAAGAAUCCCAUUAAGAAGAAGGUUAGUGCGACCUGCUCUUACACGGCCCGACUCAACGGUGUCCUCCACUGUUGAUUCAAGUGUUACUCCUCAUACAUCUGAACAUUCAAGUGAGUGUAUUAAGGAUGUAUCUAGUUCUUCAGAUGCUGUAACUACUGUACAGGAUAGUGAUAAUACAGAAGAAAUUAGAAGUGUCAGUGAAGUAAGUAUUUGCAAAGCAGAAACUUCUACAAGUCCCCAAAAGAAAAUUAGACUUAUUAGAAGGAAGAAUGAUCCACAGUUAAAUAGUACCCCACUUGAGAGUUCAAUGAGAGAAAGAGAAGAAUGUGAAUCCACAUCAUCAUGCGAAGAGAAAUUAGCUGUAACAAGUGAACAAGUACCUUCUGUAAGUGUUUCAUCACACAUGAAAGAGAAUUUAGACUAUAAAUCUUCUCCAGAUAUCAUUGAUAAUAGUCAUAUAGAGAAUUCUAAUGAUAAUCCAACCCCUUCGAGUUCUUUAAAGAACCCUGAAGUAAGUAGAGAUCCAGAUAAUAAUGAACAUGAAAGAGUACCUCCUUUAAAACUACAUAUACCCAAUGAAAAUAAAUUGAUGGAGAAUUUGCAAUCUCAUGAACACUCCAAAGGUGAAAGAUCUAGUUAUAAUAUUGAGCAAAAAGAAGAAAGACUUGAUGAAUCAGAAAGAACUGUACCCAAGUUAACAAUCAAAGUUAAUAAUACUCCAUGUGACAAACCAGAUUUAAAAUCUCCAAUACCUAAACUGACCAUAAAGCCUCUCAAAGUACCCAUUUCAGAAGAAAGUGAAAGAAAAUCUGAGGAAAAAGUAUUUAAAGCUAAUAUUACAAAAUUAAAUAUAAAACCCAUACUUAAGCCACCUGAAAAAAUAAAUGAAAUUCAUAGAAAAUCUAGUAGUAGUGAAAUAUCAGAGUCUGAAUACUCAGAAAAUGAUGACAGUACUAGCACGUCAGACCCACCAUCAGCCUCUGAACAAGGGCCAUUAGAUGUUGUUCCAAAAGUCACUAUAAAAUUAGGUAAGCCAGGUACCGAUUCUGAAGGUAAAUUUUACACAGAGUCUAACAUUCCAAAACUAACUAUAAAAGGUAUUCAAAAUAGUAAUGAAGAAGGUAGAGAAUCACCAUCAAAAUUAAAACUUGUUGUUUGUCAAUCUGAAGAAAAACAGAUGGAAAAAGUACCAAAAUUCACAAUUAAAUCAGUAAAUAUAUCUGAAAGUCAACCCUUAAGUCCAAAAUUAACAAUUAAACCAUUAAAACCACCUGAUGGUCUAAAUAGAGAUACUACAUCCGAAGAUAAUCCUCCUAUCCCCAAACUUAUUAUUUCAACUGAUUCAUCUAAUUCUGAUCAGAGAGAUCAAAGCCAUGUGCAUAAAGUCACUAUAAAACCUGUUACUAAGCCUGAUCCUGAAGCUUUUAGCAAAACACCAAAAAAAGCAAUACUGGAAAAUUUUGAUAACAUACCUGUAAUAACAAAAUUAAAUAUUAAACCUGUUAUAAAGCCAGAUAAUAAUUUAGAAGUAUGUAAUAACAUAGACGAAAAAGUUCCUAUAGUCUCAAAAAUAAAUAUUAAACCUAUAAUAAAACCAAUUGAGGUUGAUUUUUCUAAAGAAGAUAAUAUUCCUAAAAUAACUAAAUUAAACAUUAAACCUAUUAAAAGUCCUGAUGGCAACUCAUCUAAAGACACUGAUUGUCAAGAAGUUACCGUAGAGGAGACUAAACCUAUAAUUACAAAGUUAAAUAUCAAACCAAUAUUAAAACCCGAAGAUGACAUUUCUAAGGAAUCUGAGAAUCAUUCAUCUGAAAACUCUAGUGAUGACAAUAAUGAUAAUAUUCCUAUUGUUACAAAAAUUAAUAUUAAACCCAUAUGUAGACCAAGUGAAUUAGAAGAAACCGAACUAUGUAACGCAUCAAAAGAUGAAAAUAUCCCAAUUGUUCCCAAACUGAUUAUUAAAGCUCUAGUGAAGCCGGAUCAGCCAGGACCUCAAUCACCAAAAAAAGAGCGUACUAGUAGUCCAGAUUUGCGAAACCAGAAUAUUCCAGUCGUUACUAAAUUGAAUAUAAAACCUAUAGUAAAACCAGAUGAAAACCAACUGAAGCUUGAAGAUUGUGAAGAUGUUAAAAACCCUCCCCUGUUGAUGAAAAUCAAUCGAAAAACUAGGUCGGAUUCUGGGAGUGAUACACAGUACCAUAUUGAUAAAGGUAUGGAUCAGUAUAAUAAUAUUCAUCAUAAUAUACCAAUUAUAUCUAAAAUAAAUGUUAAACCUAAUUUUAUAGAGACAAAAUCUGUUGGUAAAUCAUAUGAAUCUCUAGAGCAAAGUAACUAUGCUCAAAAUGAAAACCAGCAUGAUAAGCAAGACUUGGUAUUAAUAAGCACUCUAGGUCAAGUAAAACCUGCUCCUGUUAGACAAGCAAACCAGCAAGAUUUGAAAUUAAAUCAUAAAGGUGACAUAGAAAAUAAUUUUGAAGAAACUGCAAAAAGAGUACCAUCAACACUUCUAACUAAGGAACUAAGUGAAGGUAGCAUGGAUAGUAAAGGUUUCUCAGAUAAAAAUGAUGUUAUAUUUAAUUAUCAAAUUAGUAACAUUCAAAAACCUGUGCAAAAAGAAGAAGAAAAACAAUUGAGUCAAAGGCAAAAAACGCAACCUAGCAACACAAACUGUACCCUCCUUAAGAAAUUGUUAGAAAAUCGCAAAUAUGACAAUAGUAGCUUGAAUAGUGACAGUAGCCCUAAUACAUCAAACUCUAUAUUGCCUAUUCAAACAGGGCAUGCCCCAUCCAACGACUGUACCAAACAUGAAAUUAUUGAUUUAUGCAAUACAAAUGAUGAUAAAAGAGAGUCUUCACCUGCUCAAUUAAAGAUCCGAUCAAUGCAAGAUUUGUGUAAUGAAGUAAGUGAAAGUGUUACAAAACCUUUAGAAAUUAGUAUAUCUGAUAAAAUAAACCAAUGCUCUGACCAAGAUUCACCGAGAAUAAUAUUAAAGAUUAAUAAGACUGAUCACGGUGCUUCUGCUAAAAUUAUUACUGAUGAAAUUAUUAAUAAAAACGAAACUAAAGGUGUUAGUACAACUGAGACUAUGAUGAUGAACAGAAGAAGACCUAUUUUACUUGGUAGAAAAAAACAAGAAUCAGAAUCUGCUAACGUCGCUGAAGGCAAAAAAUUGAGAAGCUCUAGAAUUGUACAGAGUCCAGAAAAGUCUCCCUUUCCUAAAAAGAACACUGGAAAAAGACCUUCAAACUUGGAUUCUUCGACUGGUCCACCAUCACCUAAAGAAGCUGAACUUUCAGUUCUUGAUUCAAAAAGACUGAAAUUAGGACAACUUUUGUCCAGUAAAACAUUGACAAUCACUCCUGUCGUAGUAUCUAAAACAGGUCCGAUUACUCCAACAGAUUCGUUAGAAAUUAGACAAGCGAAAAUAAAUCAUUCCUUAUUAAAUAACGAAAAUUGUUCUAAAAAUGGUAGUUCAAAAUUACACAAUAUUCUAUCAAACCUACAAGCAAAACAACAGGUUAAAGUCAUGCCGUUAAAUGAUGUUCAUUCGGAAAGAAAGCACAGUGAGAGUCCUGAAUUCAAAUCGAGUGGGACUUCUCUAGAUAGUAACCCUAAUAUUCGGGUGGAAAGUGAACCUGUGAAUCAGAACUGUGAUGAGAUCAGAGACACUUUAUUUCAAGAAAGCGCUGAAUUGCGAGAUUAUAACAUAACACCUGAUCCAUUAUCUCAGGAUCCACUUGAAGUCGGUACUUUGAAAGGCUCUCCAGAGAUUACUGCUGAGGAUGCUCAAAAGAUCCCAUCAAUCGUAGAAAUGACACCUCAACCUAAGAAACGUGGCCGUCCAAGAAAAUUGCCUGUCUCAGAAGGAGCGAAACCUUUAGUUCUACCAACGCCAGCACUCGAGGAGAGGCCCCAGCGAUCAUUACGCCUAUCAAGAGAUCGACCAGUGCUCAUCGUGAAACCGAGAGGCAGAGGCCGCGGGCGGGGUCGUCGGAUGGAUCCCGAGCAGACACCGUCGCAAGAAGUUGGUGCAGUGGAUGCCGCUAAUAAAUUCUUUGAUGAAAAAACAGAGGAGAUCGAUCCGACCAGUUCUCGGAUAAAGCUCCCACGGAUGACGGAAGCGUUGGACAAAAUGCCUUCCACGUGUGCCACCCCGCUGACGAGCAGACGAAGAACUUCAUCGUCGUCCACGAGCGAUAUGCCCUUCUACAACACGGACACUCCAGAGUUCAAGAUGGUGGACACGUCUCUGCUGCGGAUGGAGGAUCCCUUCGCGAAGUCCCCGGAGAUGUUGGGACGAGGAGGACGCGGCGGGCGUGGCAGCCGAGGGCGGGGAAGGGCCUCUCCUAGGACUCCCCGGGGUAGGGGCAGGGGCCGGGGAGGCGGAAGAGGCGCCAUGUAUAUGAAGGAAACUAUGGGUAUAUAUGGACGAGUCUGUGGUCCGGCUACAACCACUGUGCAACUCUUUGAGGAGGAAACUUGCAUGAUGGAUGACAAUGCCACCCCUGCUAAGCCCUCACAUUUACUCGACGAAGACUCUCAGAGCUCAGUGAAGAGCUCAACAAACGAAAGCAGCAAAGCAAAGAAGUCCAAGUUUGCUGAUCUUUUUGACAGCAAUAAAGUUUGGUCGGCGUCAGAUGUCAAAGAGUACACCUGGCCGCCACCUGAAAACAGAGAUGCGUCAGAGCACCAGGUAAUGAUGAUUCAAGAGCAAGUAGCCAUGUUCCUUGGAGUGAAGAGUUUCAAGCGACGUUAUCCGGAGUUGAAACGACGCGCCAUUUCCGCUGCAGAAAGGGAUUAUGUGCUCAGCAAAGGGAUUGUUACUGAGGCCCUCUGCGACUUAGGAAUAACGGCGGUAGAUGCAAGCGAAGUGCUCGACAUAAUGCUGUCGGACUACCCUCACAAAUACGAAGAAUACAGAUCAUAUCAGCGAGAGAAGCAGCUGUCCGAUCCUACUCCGGAGCCAGUGGCCAAAGAAUCUAGAGAGAUCAGGAUGGACAGGGCCAGUGAUAAACCGGAACCACCAAAAGUCGACCCGGAGAAAACUAGACUGAUUAUGGCCGCAGCCGCUAUCGCAUCAGCGAGUGAAUGGAACAGUCGUAUGAACGCGUUGAGGCGACCGGCCUGCGUGGACCUUCAGAGUCUCACCAUACAACGGCGAAGGGCACCAACGCCCUCCAAUCCCCAAAUAAGGGUUACGCCGCCUCAUGGUUUUUACCCCCACGCGUUGUUGCCCGGACAGUAUCAACAUACCUACAGGGCCUAUACGUCGGAGCAACUGCGCUAUUUCCCGCUGAACACAGUGGUGGCGGCCGCUCCCGCGCCUCCUUCACCCCAGGUGUCCAGCUCUGAGUCGGAGCCGGACUGGUCCCAUGCCUCUUCUUCCGACAGCGAAGACACGCAUAGGAUGCAUAAGCGUAAAAAACUAACAAAGGUGAAGCGCAGCAGCGAAACAGAAGUGAAUCCUCCCCGAGUGGAGGAACCGGAAGUGGACACAUGUCGCACGUGCAAGCUGCGACUGGAAGCCAAUAGGAAGACCACACAUGAGCGUUUCCUUGUAUGCGCCACUUGCAAUGCUAAACUACACCCGGGCUGCGUGGACCUCCCCCCGGACACGAUCCGCAAAUGCCGCGAGUACGCGUGGCAGUGCGCCGAGUGCAAGACAUGCUGCUCGUGCUCCAGACCCGCAGACGCCAAGAUGAUGUUCUGCGACCUCUGCGACAGAGGGCACCACCUCUACUGCUUGGGACUGCAGCGGGUGCCUGAUGGUCGAUGGCACUGCGCAGAAUGCGCAAUUUGUAAAUCCUGCGGCGGGCGUUCUCCCAGCGGGCCUUCGGCGCCAGGGUCAGACCCCGCCUCCGGGCCCCAGGGCUCAUUGACAGAGCCGGGAGGGCCCCACUGGCACCACCAGACACGGCGGGGCCCUGGUGGACAUAAGGUCUACUCGCAUUCGCUCUGCACUCCCUGUGCCAGAGCGUACCGCAUUGGGCGCUACUGCCCGCUCUGUGAGCGCUCCUUCAUCGGGCCCAAGGGGACCAUGCAGCUCGUCAUUUGUAAGCUCUGCGAUAGGCAACUGCAUCAAGAUUGCGUUAAGCAAACGGUGUCGAGCCUAAACGUGUUGGACUACACGUGCGGCGAUUGUCGUCGCGGUGGAAUCACUUCACGCGCCGCCGCCGUGCGCCUCGCGCCGCGCACCAUCGCCACUCUCUUCAUGGCCAAGCGCCGCUUCAACAAGUACGCCCAUCGGCAGUACAUGGAGAAGUGCAAAGGCCAGAGCAAGGACGCCUGCCCCGACAGGAACGAGGACGACUCCGACAACGAUUUAGGCGAUACCCUCCCCGACGACGGCGACUGAACGGACGCUAAGUGACUUCAGUGCGCCGGUGUAUAGACAGUGUAUUAUAGUGACGUAGUAUCUUAUUCGCUUCGGUAAUACGGUUGUAAGUUGCAUAAAUCUGAUUAUACUUUUAUUAAUAGCGCCGUAGGGCGAGUAAUCGUAACGUUAGCGGUAGUGAAAGGUCACUAACAUAUAUGUACAGUAAUUUAAUACUAACUUCACUAUGGGUAGCUGGGCAAUCAUACUAUUUUUAAUAUUAAUAGUUUUCUAAUGUUCGCUGCAAGUGUAUCUCUUAGCGGAUGAGAUUGUGUGCCGUUAUUUUGUUAUGAACCGAAUAAGUGUAACCUUUCCGCGAACGCGUCUGUAAAAAUCUGCCUUUACGCAUUUGUUGUCGAAUCGAAAUACAAAAUGGUGGACGAGACAGUGCGCAGUGAGUAUUUUUUCAACGUUUCUUUUCAUCAUUAAGGUAUUUAUUUUAGUUAUACAUUGUGGAUACAUCUGUAUACAAUCAUUUAGCCGAGAAAAUAAUUAUAAGUUGGCCGCUAUUAUUAGUUACUGUGAUUUACGGAAUUUAUUAUUUUUUAAUUGAUUUUGAAAUUGAUCCCACUCAUUACUCAGUUAAGUUUUAUAAAAGAACAGAACGCUGUUAUGAAAGUAUAUAGACUUUAACGUAGUUUCUUUGUUUAGAUUAAUAGGGGUGAGUAAUUAUAGUUUUUUCGUACAGUGUCGAUUUUUAUUUUAAGCUUAGCGUAUCGUUCCAAUGUAAAGCACUCUCAGAGACAAAUAUUAGCAUAAGAUAAAGUGCUGACGGUCGAAAUAUAUUAUUUGUUAGAUUUUGUGUUUGUUUAGUACGAACACGGUGAAUUUCGAGAUCUGUUUAACUUUUUGGUUUAGUGAGCACUUUGUCUCGCUUACAAGUACAAAACAUAGGCUUACUUUCCGAGCCCUGUAUCAGACACAUCAGAUUUUAUUUAUCGCGUUCAGGGCGCGGCUUCAACGCACUGAUCGAAAUAUACGUAAGGUCAUUCUCCUGUACUUAUGUCCCUUAGCUGUCGCUGAAUCUGCUGCGUGAAAUCCUCCCAAUGUAUUAUACUUUGUAUUAGAUUCAUAGAUCAGAUAACUAAUACAGAUAAGCGUAAUUGUAUAAUGUUUAGUUAUAGUUGCUUUCGUUAUUAAUCAAUAUUUUAGUAUCAAAAAUCAGAAUCAUGUAAUUUUUAUACGACAUGAAUCGUCCGGCGAAUGCCGUUUGUAUUUGCUUUGAACAGAAUUAAGACUUACUUGUAAGAGAAAUAAUUAAAGUUUAUGUCUACUUAAUGCAAGUGUAAACGUUCUAGAAAUCUCGCACUGUUCGGUCAAUUUUGUAAAAAAAUAAAGUAAAUUUUAAU